CUCAUUCAAUAGAUCAAUUUCAUGAAGUAUGUCAUUGCUAACAAAGUUAUUAGAACUUAGUGUGUUGAGAUGAAUUCUUUAGCAGUUUAUUCUCUUUUCUUGUUACUCCCUGUAUAUGUGGUUUGUGCUUCGGAUUAUAAUGUAUAUAUUCUUAAAACUCCUUACAAUUUCAAAUUCAAAGUGAAUGAUGUACUGAACAUGGAUAUUGCGAUGCUCAAUAUACCGCCGAAUGUGUAUUACUUCUCUGUUAAUUCUGGUGAAAAAAGCUUAAUAAACAAAUUUGAAAUCUCACGUUGGGAUAUAUGGCAUAUUAUAAUCGAUACAAUAGCGACGCAAAACUCAUAUCAUUCUAUUCAAUUGCUACUGUAUGAAAAGUACGACUCUAACAAUGCAUGUACCACCGUGAACAUAGCCCAAGGACAACCGAAAAAUAGCUUGCGAUCCAUUUCAGAACAAGAUGAAACCGACGACUGUUUAAAUGACAAACAUUGUACGAUUGCUGUGGAUUUUCGAAAUUCUUGUACAAAAACAGUACCUUAUUUCAAAUGUUCAACAAUUGAUCCACUCGUCAUAUGCACCAAACAUGAAUACGAGGAAGCUACAUUCACGUGGCAUCAGUUCUAUGAUGAUGGUUCUUACAUAGGCACUACACCAGAGAUAAAAGCGACGAUAUCAUCAUUUAUAUAUACUUUACAAAACUUCGAUAACAACACAUUUGUGAAAGCAUUAUCAGGCAAUUCUAGAAGUAACACAUUAAAAAUGAAUAAUGUAAUUCCUGAGUACAAAACUGAGAGCAAACUGACGUUUAAUGACUCAACCACUAUUGAAUUCGAUUGUGAAACAUAUUUACAGCAAACAAAAUAUGUAUACGUAGGCCUCAUUAAUACAACAGAAAACAAGAUAACGACACUGAAUACUACAAAAAUUAAUAAAAAAUAUGGUGCAGAAUAUAACGGUAGUAUUUUAUGUUGUUUGUAUUACACCACUCAAAAAAUAUCGGAAAAAAUACCUGAAAUAAAUGUAAUACGACAUGUACAGGAUACGACACUGUUAUUAUAUUCCACUGCAACACCUGAACCUCUACCUUAUUUUAAUUGUUCAUCGUUUGACCGAGUCGUCAUGUGCUCCAAACAGGAAUACAAGGAAGCUACAUUCACGUGGCAACAGUUCUAUGAUGAUGGUUCUUACAUAGGCACUAUACCUGAGAUAAAAGCGACGAUAUCAUCAUUUAUAUAUACUUUACAAAACUUCGAUAACAACACAUUUGUGAAAGCAUUGCCAGGCAAUUUUAGAAGUAAUACAAUAAAAAUGAAACCUGUCAUCACUGAGUACAAAACUGAGAGCAAACUGACGUUUAAUGACUCAACCGAUAUUGAAUUCGAUUGUGAAACAUAUUUACAGCAAACAAAAUAUGCAUACGUAGGCCUCAUUAAUACAACAGAAAACAAGAUAAGGACACUGAAUACUACAAAAAUUAAUAAAAAAUAUGGUGCAGAAUAUAACGGUAGUAUUUUAUGUUGUUUGUAUUACACCACUCAAAAAAUAUCGGAAAAAAUCCCUGAAAUAAAUGUAAUACGACAUGUACAGGAUACGACACUGUUAUUAUAUUCCACUGCAACACCUGAACUACUACCUUAUUUCAAUUGUUCAUCGAUUGAUCGGCUCAUCGUAUGCACCAAACAGGAACACAAGGAAGCUACAUUCACUUGGUUACAGUUAUAUGAUGAUGGUUCUUACAUAGGCACUACACCUGAGAUAAAAGUGACGAUAUCAACAUUUAUAUUUGCUGUAGAAUACUUCGAUAACAACACAUUUGUGAAAGUAUUGCCAGGCAAAUCUAUAUCUAAUAAAAUAAUUGUGGAUCCCGAUUUUAUCCCUGAGUACAGAACUGAGAGCAAACUGACGUUUAAUGACUCAACCAAUAUUGAAUUCGAUUGUGAAAUAUAUUUACAGCAAACAAAAUAUGUAUACGUAGGUCUCAUUAAUACAACAGAAAACAAGAUAACGACACUGAAUACUACAAAAAUUUAAUAAAAAAUAUGGUGCAGAAUAUAACGGUAGUAUAUUAUGUUGUUUGUAUUACACGAAAUCUGAACUACCACCAGAAAAAUAUGUACAACGAUAUGUAAAGAAUAAGACACUUUUAUUAUACUCUACUGAAGCACUCGCUGAUUCUGGCAUUACAACAGAUCUUACAGUGCUAUAUGCGUCUGUUACUGCCGCAGUGCUCAUUCUUGCAGUCGCAAUAACAAUUGUAGUUAUAAAACGUUGUUGUAAUAAGACGCCCACAUCAUCAGAACCAAAGCCAGUAUCAAAGUGGGAACCAUUUUAUGAGAAUAAGCUGUUGCUGUUACGCAAAGAAUGUGACAGAGAAAUUGAGGCUGAACGACAAGCGCAGGAACCGGUGUAUGAAGAGAUUUCGUGAAGAAAAGUCAUCACUAUGUUACAUCUACAAAUAAAUAACUAAAUAUAGCAACACCACACAAGGUCGGUUAGCCCCAUGGUAAGCUUUAUAUUAGCUUAUGUUAUGGGUGCUUACACAACUGAUAUAGCACAUAUUACAAUACAUAUUAUAACUCCCAGACCACAGCCAACAAGCAUGCUCAUCAAGCAAAUGUUGACCGUACCGAGAAUCGAACCCGGGACCAUCAGUCCGGCAGUCCGGCAUGGUAACCAUUGCGCCAACGAGGUCGUCUAAACAAAAAUAAACAUAGAUUUGUUUUGUCUAUCAUGGAUGUAACUUGAUUACUUGAACCUGAUACUGGUUUUAUUUUAUCGAUAAAGAAAUCAUUAGUUAGAAUUUCAAUGAUUAUUAUUUAGUAUUUUUUGUUUAUGAUGGUAAUUCUUCGAGGGUUUAAUCCUAUUAUAAGUAGGUUAUUACUAAUUGCUAACACUAGGCUGUAUUUCUAUUAAAAGCAUCAGAUAUUGCUUGUGGAGACGUUUCUAUACGAUCUCCGAUUUUCGAUUAUAUUGUUACUUUUAGAACGUUAGAUUUAGAUGUUUUUAUAAUUCCCCACGUAGUUUUAGAGCCACGUAGCUUUGUAAUUUUUAAAAUCAUUUUUAUUU